UGCUGAGGGAGAGAGAGAGGGAAAAAAGGUUUUAAAUUCUCCAUGAAGUGUACAGUGUUCUGCCAUUCAUCCCCAAAGCUGCCGGAGCAUUCCUCCCAGGAAAGAGGGCAUUGGUGGUGAGAAGUCAGAGGUGAGAAGACACUUGGGAGGACAGAUCAAUCCAUUUUGACUUUCCUAUGGGGGGACAGUUGUGGAGCCCGGCCAGGCUUUGAGACGCCCUGAAGAUGAGUGCCAGCGGCAGCAUGGCGGACCAGCCCCUCUGGCAGGGGGCACUGUGCAUUAGCUGGAAGCAGGAUCCCGAGGGAGCUGUCUACCAUCUGGCCCACUGUUUCUUGCUCCUGGGCUUCAUGGGGGGCAGUGGGGUGUAUGGAUGCUUCUACCUCUUUGGCUUCCUGGCACCGGGCUACCUGUGCUGUGUGCUGUGGGGCUGGUUCAAUGCCUGCGGCCUGGACGUCGUCCUCUGGAGCUUCCUGCUGGCAACGGCCUGCCUGCUCCAGCUGGCUCACCUGGUGUACCGCCUGCACGGGGAUACCCUCCCUGAUCAGUUCCAGCUCCUCUACAGGACACUGUGCCUACCCCUGCAGGUGCCCCUCCAGGUGUACAAGGAGAUCAUUCACUGCUGUGAGGAGCAGGUCUGGACUCUGGCCACAGAGCAGACCUAUGCUGUGGAGGGUGAGACGCCCAUCAACCGCCUGUCCCUGCUGCUCUCUGGCCGGGUUCGUGUGAGCCAGGAUGGGCAGUUCCUGCACUACAUCUUUCCUUACCAAUUCAUGGACUCUCCGGAGUGGGAAUCACUGCAGCCCUCUGAGGAGGGGGUGUUCCAGGUUACUCUGACUGCCGAGACCGCAUGUAGCUACAUUUCCUGGCCCCGGAAACGUCUCCACCUUCUUCUGGCCAAAGAACGCUACAUCGCCUGCAUCUUCUCGGCCCUGCUGGGCUAUGACAUCUCAGAGAAGCUCUACGCGCUCAAUGAAAAGCUCUUUGCAAAGUUUGGCCUGCGUUUUGACAUCCGUCUCCCCAGCCUCUAUCACGUCCUGGGGCCAGCUGCCCCAAAUACAGGACCAGUGUCUGAGAAGGACGAAGAGGAAAUCCAUGAGCCAACCAUGUUCCCGCCUCAGACCAGGUCCACAUCUGACCAGCAAAUGCCCCCUUCCCGACCAGCUGCCACCGACCCUCCUGCACCUCCAUCCUGGGCCAGGAUGUCCAGACCCGACAGCGGCAUCCUGGGUGAGGACUCCACCAGUCUGGUGCUGGAGGAUUUUGAGGAGGUGUCAGGAUCAGAAUCGUUCAUGGAUUAUAGGAGUGAUGGGGAGUACAUGAGGUGAGGGCAGAAAUGCUGUGGGCACGGCCACCAGGCUCAGGACCCUGUCUUCUAGAAGUCCUCUCCAGAGCUACUCUCAAGCUAUGUCCAGGGGACAGGCACCCCUGGCUCCAAUCCACACUCCUGAACUUUAAGGAUGAAUGGGCUGUCCUUUCUCGGGUACAUUACCUUCACAGGAAGGCCACUGGUACGCACACUGCCCUUCUCAGCCACAGGCAAGGGGCUCCCAGGCUCCCAGGCAAGGUGGGCGCAGACCCACGGGAUGCCGGCACUGUGCCUACACCCAGAGCCCUGAGUGACUUAGAAAUUCACCUUCGCCAGCCUUCCAUACAGUAGAAGACAUCUAAAUGUGCACAAGCACAGAUUCCAUCCUUUACUAACUGCAGAAUGUUGGGCAAGUUACAUAGUCUCUCUAAGUUUCAUCUGUAAAAUGGGGAUUAUAAAACCCUCCUCACAGGGUUGAGAGGAUUUAAUGAGCUGACUUAGAUAAAGCACCUAAUAAGCACUCGAUAAAUCACUCAGUUCCGCUCCCAAUGUCAUUUCUUUGAACUUUCUGAAAGAUCAAUGAAGUCAGCUAUCCAAGAAGUUUUCACUGAUUAUUUUUUCAAUUAAGAUUCAUUUUAUGGAAAUAGAAAUUUUAAAGCUUAGUUGUCCUAUAAUCUUUUAAGUUCAACUCAGAAAUCUCUUGUUCUUUUUAUGACUCUGGUAUUAAACAAUAGUUUUUAGAGGGACUUUUACAAAUCUAAUUAAUCAAAUGUCCUUAAACAUUUUAAAGUGGUUUUAUAAAGUUAACACAUUUUGUUUUAUUUUCUCCCUAAAUACUUCAACAUAUAGUCUGAUUAUCUGUUACUGUGUAGCUUUCAUCCCUAAAGCAGUGACUUAAAUUUGUCAUGAUAAUUUAUUUUGCUCAUGAAUGUGAGGCUUAACUGAGUUAAAUUGGGCUGUUCUCCCUGAAGCUUUCUCAUGCUGUCGCAUUCAGAGGGUGGCUAGGGCUUGAGGCAUCUCAUCUUCACUUAAGAGUUUGGGCCUGGGCCGGGAAGACUUAAACAGCCGAGGGCUGGAAAAGCUGGGGAUCCUUGGGCAUCUUGUGCUCUCUCAAUAGUUUGUACAUUUUUGUUGCUGUUUAGUACUCUGUUGUAUGAAUAUACCACAGUUUAUCCAUUCUACUAUGGAUGGGCAUUUGGAAUAUUAGCUUGGUGCCAUUAGAAAUAGUGCUGCCAUGAACAUUCUUGAAUAUAUCUCUUGGUACAUGUAUGCACACAUCUCUUGGGUAUAUAACUAGGACUGGAGUUACUCAGACAUUGGGUAUGUAUGCAUAUGGUAUGGUAUAAGUUAUACCAUAUAUAACUAUGGUAAAUACUGCCAUAUAGUUUUGCCAAGUGGUUGUACCAAUUAAUAUUCCCACUAGCAGUGUAUGAACGUACUAGUUACUUCUCAUCCUCCUUGAUAGUUGGCAUUGCCAUUUUUUUUUAAAUGUUAACUAUUUGGGACUUUGUAGCAACAUAUCAUUGUGGCUUUAGUUUCCUUGAUGAGUAAUAAGGUUGAAUAUCCUUUUUCAUGUUUUCAUUAGCCACUUAGAUAUCCUCUAUUGUGAAGUGUCUAUUCUAGUUCUUGUCCAUUUCUCUGUACACUUUUGCUCAUUGACUUAAAGAAAUUCUUUAAAGAUUCAAGGUGGAAAUCCUCUGUUUAUGUAUAUUCAAAUGUUUUCCAUCACUUUGUGAUUCUUCUUGUUUUCUCUAAAUGGUGUCUUUCGAUGAACAUAAUUCUUAAUUCCAAUGUAGAAAUGUAUCAGUCUUUUCCUAUCAUUAGAGCUUCUGUGUCCUGUUUAAGAAAUCUUUCCUUCCCUGAAUAUAUUCUUCUGUGUUACCUUCUAGCCAUUCUGUUGUUUUACAUUUCAUAGUUAGAUCUAGUCAACCUGUAUUUGAUUAUUAUGUAUAGUGUGAAGUAAGGAUCAGAUUUGUUCUUUCCAAUAGAUAUCCAGUAGACUGAACACUACUUAUUGAACUGAUUAUCUUAACCCCACUAAUGUUCAGUGUCCCCUUUUUAUAAAUCAAGUGUCCAUACAUUUGUAGGUCUAUUUCUGGAUCUUCUAUUCUGUUCCAUUAGUCUACUUUUCUAUCCACUGACAAUACCAUCUGGUUGUAAUUUUUGUAGCUUUAUAAUAAUUUUUGAUAUAUGGUGUUUUUCAAAUUUUGUUCUUCAAGUCUGUUAUUCUUGGCUCUUCCCUUUGUAUUUCCAUAUACAUUUUAGAAUCAGCUUGUUAAUUUCCACAAAAUUGUAAACUCUGCUAGGAUUUUUAUUAAAGUUACAUUCACAUCAUGAAUCAGGUUGGUAAAGAACUGAUAUCUUUAUAAUAUUGAUUUUUCAGUCCAUGGACCUAGUAUAGCACUUCAUUUAUGUUGGCCUUAUUUUCUUUAAAUAGUGUUCUGUAGUUUUAUACAUAAAUAUCCUUGCACAGCUUUUGUUAGAUUUACCUCUAGGUAUUAGAUGAAUUUGAUAACUGUAAAUGCUAUCAGUUAAUGUUUUUUUACUUUCUAAAUUUUUUAUUGCUGGUGUAUAGAAAUAUAAUUCAUUUCUGUACCUUCAAAUUCCUUCUAGUGAGCUUGGUAAAUUCACUCAUCAGUUCUAAUCAUUAAUCCGUAGAGUCUUCAGGAUUUUCCAUGGAUUCAGUUAUAUUGUCUGUAAAUAAUGAUUCAUUUUUUCCUGCUUCCUCCUCCUUUUCUUUCUCCUCCUUCUUUUGGUGCCAUUUUACACUGGGUAGGACCUCCAGUAUGGGGAUGAAUGGAAGUGAUGAUGAAGAUGUCUUUCUCUCAUACCUGACCUUAAGGAAAAUAUUUUCAAUAUUUCACCAUCAAGUAUGAUGUGUGCUAUUAGAUUUUAAUAAUCCCAUAUCAAAUUAAAGAAGCUCUAUUCCUAAUUUGCUAAGAGGGUUUUCUAAAGUCUUGAGUAUUGAAUUUUGUCAAAUGAUUUUCCUUCAUCUAUUGAAAUUAUUUUUUCCUUUGUUCUGUUAAUGAAUCACAUUAAUAGCUAUGUGAAUGUUAAACUUAAAUCACUGGAACAAAUCCAGUUUUAUUAUGAUGCAUUUUCCUUUUUCUGUAUUUCCAGACUUGGUUUUCACAUAUUUUGUUUGGGGUCACUUUUGCAUCUUUGGAUCUUGUAAUAUUAUUGUCAGGUUUUAACAUCAAGUUUAUGCUGACUUUGUAAGAGGAGUUGGGAAGCAUUCUUUCUCUCUUUUUUCUUAGUCUUUGAAAGAAAUCUUAAAACCAAAGCAGUUUUACUUAACUCGAUUCCCCCCUUACCCAGCUUACCUUUUGCUAUCUCCAUCUUCUUCACUUAGUUGCCCAUGCCCCAAACCUUGGAGUCUUUUUAUCAGUCUUCUUUGUUCUAUCUUCAAAAUAAAUCCUGAAUUUCAGUGCACCUCCUCCAUUGCCUCAUCUAAUUUCAAGCCACCACUAUUUCAUGCCUAGAUUAACUUCAGUAGACUUAUAACUGGUCUCCUGAUUUCUCCUGUCCUCUUCCCUAUAAUCUGUUCUACACAUAGCCAAGUGGUCAUUUAAAAGAUUGUGUAACCUCAUCACUCUGUUGCUAAAAAUUUCAAAUGACUCUCUAUUACACUUAGAAUAAAACCCGAACUGAUUACCAUGUGAUGUUAGUCAGGAUCAGCUUAUUGUGACUUGAUAGAACAAGGUUUAUUUUGCUCUUACUUAAAGUCUACUGAGAGUCUACAUGACUCAUCACGACAACUGUCUGCAUGUCACGACCCAGUGAUUUGACCUUCUUUGGCUCCACCACCUCAAGAAAGAAACAGCUUGAUGUUCCUAUGCCAGCUCUGCUGCUUUGGCCCAGAAAUGACACAAAUCACUCAUGCCCACUGUCCAUUGGUGGGUUCUAGACAUGUAGACCCACUUAAUAAUCAAUUCUGUGCUUUGUUGAUUAAAGGGACUGGGAAAUAUGGGAGAGCAAAAGGAAUUUUUGAUGAAUGGUACUCUUCCAUCCACUUAUGACCCACAAGGCCCUACCUGCCUGUCUCCCCAACUAUAGGUCACUCUGCUGUUAUUCUCUGUCAUCAUGUUUUCGCCGCACUUGUCUUUUUUGUAUUUGUCAGGCAUGCCUAGAUUCUUUCUACAUUAGUCUUUAGAGUUGUUUUUCAGUUUUACAGUUGUUUUUCUUUCUCUGGAAUGCUUUUCAAUGAACUUCUGGCUGACCUUUUCUGGUCAUUCAGUUCUCAGCUCAAAUGCUACCAUCCCAGCUAAGAUACCCACCUCACCUCACCAUCAGCCUAUGUCCCUUUGUCCUGCUUGGACUUUCUUCAGAGUCCUAUUUUCUCUUUCCUCUCCUUUUAGGAUGCCAAUUAUGUUCUUGGUAUAACUUCUCAUUGUGUCUCAUAUAGAUCUUUAUGUUCUUUUCUCACUUUUUUCUGAAAUUACACUGUGUAUUUUGUUUUCUUUCUUGUUUGAUUUCUGUCUCUUCCCUGUAUAUUUCAUCACAGAAGGCCCAUGUCAGUCUUGAGAAGUUCAAUAGCUCUUUUGUCAACCUUUGAGAACUGUUGUGGAGAAAUAAUGAAGCAACAAUCAACAGAAAAGGCUCACCAUUCAUCAUAAAUUGAGACUCAGUAUUACCUGGGUUGCGGUGCCAUUCCUCAAGCAGGGCUGUUGUUUGACACACGUGGCAACUGGGAGAGGUUCCACAGGAAGGUGACCUCUUUUAAUGUGUGUUGGUCUGUUUUUAAAAUAAUCAGACCUUACACAGCAGACAUUGUGCUUUUAUUACCUAAUGACAUACAUAAAGGCAAAGAUAUUAGGAUGCCAAUGCAGUUGUUAAAUAAACAGAUGAAUUUAAAAAAUUAGCCACAAUCAUUAUGCAUUUGAAAUGUAGCAUUACAUAUAGGCACAAAGCAUUUUUUUUAUUUAGUCUACAGGAGUUUCUUGACAUGAUAUGGAUUUAUGAGCCUCUUAUAAUAGCCCCACACUAAAGGUCCCAUACAAAUGAAAAGAAAACCUUUGGGUAAUAAUGUUUUCAGCAAUAGUGCCUGACAUAGAAUAACUUUAAUGUAACAGAUUUGCUCUAAGGAGAAAACAAAUAUUCUUUUAUCUCAUGAAUACUCACUAAAUAUCCACUGCUGUCAAAAACUAUGCCAGGCACCACAUGCUUCACUAGGUGAUUCAUUCAUUGUAUCUGUCCUGAGGAAGCUCAAGGUCUAGAAAAGGAGAGACACAAGUUAAAGGCACCCUUUCCCCGCACAGGGCCUUAUUAAGUCAAGCUCCCUGGGCCUGACUCCUCCAAGAAGUAAUUCCGAGACUCCUCAGUUCCUCGUGUAAAUAGCCUUCUUGUGGCCCAUAAAUAGUUUAAGGUAAAGCUGGAUCCCUGACGCAAAUACAAAUAAGCACAGUGUCAGUCCAUUGUGGAAAGAAUUGGUUGAAACUACUAUCCGACUUACACAAGUUCAGAAGAAGAUAUCACUGCCUAUUUCUGGACUAGGAAGGGUUCCUGGAGAAGCUGACUUUGCACUGUACCCGAGAAGGCAGAAAGAAGGAGGCAAGCAGAAGCAAGCCAGGUGAAAGCGACAUGUGAGUCAAAGUCCCAGGGCUGGAAGGUAUGAGGGAGGCAUGCCUGGAGAAAAAGGAGUGCGAUGGCCCUUAGUGACCCCUGUGGAAUCCGAGCUCUAACCAAAAGGCAAUGGGAGGGGAGCAGGGAAAUGAAAGUGGCGCCGAGGGGGACCGCUCUCAGUGCAUACCAUGGAACCCGGCAGAGUGUAGCUCUUUCAUAAACAGUCAUGUUCUGAAGGACCUGCAGAAAGAACAAAGCCAGGAGAACAGCUGAGGCCAUUAAAGUGGUCAAUGGGGUGGCAAGGUACCAAGGGCCAGAACACGGCGGGGACAGGAACAGAGGCAGAAACCUAUGCGACGUCUGGGGGAGGACAGCCUGGGAGGGGAGUCGUGUCCAUCUUACAGGUUCUGCGCCUUCUUCCCUUGAUGUUCUAGACACUCUGGCUUCCUGUAGGCUCCCCCACAAGUCCUGAUGACUGAAGAAGUGUGAGCAAUACUCUCGGCAGUUUCACUUCUAAUUGUCAUUGAACUCACACACUGACUCCCACUCAGAAAUUUCCCUGGAGAUCAUGGGAUUUUAUUUCACUUUUGAUUCACCUCUCUGACAUGGUCCUUCCUGAGAGUCAUCUUCUGCACAGCACAUGACUGCCAGCUGUCCACUGCCACCUGGAGAUGCUCCAUGGCCCAGAGGUGUCCUCUACAUCCUUGGCCCUCCGCCCCGGAUCCUAUUCCUCCCUUGAGGCCAGAACAAACGUCCCUCCAUCCCACACUCUCCCAACCAUCUACAGCACCCCCUCCACAUUAACCUGUGUCUUCAGGACUCUGAGUCCUCUGGGACUCUCUCCCUCGGCUCCCAUCCACCCCCCCCAGGCUCCCGCUCUGGGUGCUCAAGGGCUGGGCAGAUUCUCCCUGCUGAAGUCCCAGUGCCUCACACAGUGUUGCGUGCCUGGCAUUUGGUUGACAAUUGUUAGAUCUUUGUUAACUCUGCCGCUAACCAUUUCAGCAUGGGUCAGAUUAACGCUGGGUUUUAGAGUCCUCUCGCUCUGCUUUCUAGUUUGCUGCUGCUUCUGCCCCCUGUUCAAGCCAGAACAUUUUCCCUUUGACUCUUGUGUGACUGAGCAAGGAGGUCCUUUCCGUCUGGGGUUUUCAGGCCCCGCUGCAGGGCUCAGGCCUGAUGUCCUCUCAUCUCCUGCCCGCGGACAGCCCAGCCUUCUUGCCUGCUCCUCCCUGAAGUGCCUGCGAGGAAAGCACUGGCUGCUCCUCCUUUCUCCAAUUUGGUUUCAUCUCUUUCCCCUGAAUUUGGUGUCUUGUAACCCAGUCCCUCAUUAUUCACCACUUAUCUUCUAUUUCUUUUCUCCUUUCCCCUCUCCAGUAGCUCUUAAAUUAUUUUAACACCUGUCAUUUCUUCAUCACAAACAUAAAUUUUUAAAAAAUCAAAGUAGAUUGCUAUACAACGUUAUGGUGGCUUCAAACAUGCAGCACAGCAGUUCACCGGUCACCCGUAUUAUCCAGUCCUUGCCCCUCCAGUGCACUCGCUAUCAACGUGGUGAGAUGUCACAGAAUCAUUAACUGUAUAUUCCGUGCUCUACUGCUAUUCCCGUGACCAACCUAUAUUGCGAUCACGAAUUAUUGUGCUCCUCCCCCCAACCCUCCCCUUUAGUAAUCACUAGUCCCUUCUUGGUGUUUAUGCGUCUACUGUUAUUUUACAAACAUAAAACUUUUAAACUCACACGUACACUGUGUUACUUUAUCUACCCUCAUAAACCCCACUUCAAUGUAACUAAAUAUGUAUUAUUUGAGAAAAACUUACAUUUCUCGUGUGAGUGGGCAUGUGAUUCCAGCCUGGGAUCCUUGGCCCAGCUGGAGAAGUACCUCUGCCGGGGUCCAAGCAUCAGAGCUGCCACUGGGAUGGUUUCACUCUGGAGCCCUUAAGACCCAGCAAGGAGUCUCGGAAAUCCUCCCAUCUUCCCUAAGUGAUCAGAGUUCCUUGUCCCCAUCCAGGCUUCCAUUAUGUAUGAUACAUACUUCUGGUUGCGGUGAUCCUGCUGAAAUUAUUUGUUCGGAACAGUAAUUCUCAACCCUGGCUACCUGUUAAAAUAAACUGGGAAGUUUAAAAAAAAAAUCAAUGCUGUAGGCAAAACAAGAUAGCCAUGAGAGCUGAUAACUAUUGAAGCUGGGUGAUGGGAUAUGUAAAGAGUCAUUAUUCUGUCUCUCUAAUUUUGUAUGUGUUUGAAAUGUUCCACAAUAAAAAAGUUAAAAAGCAUACACACACACACACACACACACAUAGGACCCAUAGCAAACCAGUUAAAACUGAAUUCCUAGGAGCCCUGGGCUUGGAAUCUGUAGCUGUAAAAGCUGCCCGGGGAUCUGAGGUGAAAUGGGGACAUGGGGACAUGAAGAGGAUUGAAGGGCUUAUAGUAGCUGCUUUGGACUGAGAGCUUUUGAUGAAAUGUCAGAUGCCUGCCCCUAGAGUAUUUAUUCCUGAUGUGAUGAACUGAUCAGACAUUCCCAGAAAUGGUGACUAGAGACAUUUUUCACACUGUCUAUUCUGAAGCAUUUUAAAGUAAAUUAUAGGCCACCAACAUUGGCACAUGAUAGUUCUUUUUAUUAUUAUCCUACUAAU